AUGAACAUAAGAAAUUUAAGAUAUGAUAACCAAGCAACAUACUUACUAUAUUUUAGACGCGGUAGCAUCAAACUCAAUGAUUUAAGGAAAACAUGCAAGACACUUUUUAAUACAAUAGUAUACUGGGAUUUCUACCGCUCAAAUGGAAAAGGUCCCACGAGAUGUUUUAGGUGCCAAGCUUAUGGACAUGGUUCAAAGUGGUGCUAUUUAAGUAUUAAAUGUAUCAUUUGUGCAGAACCCCAUGAUUUUAAACAGUGUCCUGAAUUUAACAUACACAAAAAUAAAGAUGAAACAACUAAUUACAGUGCAAAUUUCAUGGAAUGUCCAGCGAGAAAGCAAUACAUCGAACUUCAGAACAGCUUGAAAAGGAAAUUUCAUGGUAGCAACAAACCACCGGUCAAGCUAAGUCGUAAUACCAAUGUCACCAAUCAUGUCAACAAAACAGAUAAUAAUUAUGUCAGAUUCACUCAUUCUAAAUUAAAUUCACUUAAUUCUAGUAUAAGUUAUUCAGAUAUUUCCAAAUUUAAUAAUGUUAAUAACUCUAAUUUGUUUUCUGCUAACGAACUGAUUAAUAUCUUUAAGGAUAUAUUAACUAGUUUAAAAAAUUGUGAGUCAAAAGAAGAUCAAAUUUCAGUGCUUGCACAAAUAACUAUUAAAUAUAUUUACAAUGAUUAA